UGACGCUGUUGUCUUUGAAAAUGGCGUUCGUGCGUUCGAGUACGCUGUCAUUUGUAGCUAAAGUGCUCGAUUAGGUCGUUUUGGGGUUCAAAUUUCGGCUACACUGUGAUCGCCUGAACCCGAUUUCCAUCCUCGGGCAUAACAUAGUCCGUUAAUAAAAUGUGGUGAAGCAAAAUGUUAAUAAUGUCCGUUGCAUAAUAAGGCCGCAGUUGCCCCCGAUCUUGCGUAGGGAUUACGGCGGCCAUUGAGUGCUCGGCCUUGAUUUGGAAAAUCCCAGUGAAUGUCGGCCUUCACCAGUUUACACUUUAGGACACCACUGUAAUAUAGAUAGAUACCUGUGCUGGAAUUGUACUAAUAUUCAUAACAAGUACAGAUAGAUCCCCAAAUACACAAACACAGUAUGGCAUCUGUACCCGUGUACUGCUUGUGUCGCCUACCAUACGAUGUGACUCGCUUCAUGAUCGAGUGUGACAUUUGUCAAGACUGGUUCCAUGGAAGUUGCGUCGGAGUUGAGGAGGACAAAGCGACUGAGAUUGAUCUUUAUCACUGCCCCAACUGUCAGAUCACCCAUGGGCCAUCUGUCAUGCGAAAACGGCGUGGUGGCAACAAGCAGACUGAAGGAAGCACUGCCGGUGUUAGGAGAGACCCUACUCGGUCGGUGAAGACAGGCAGCCCACAGUUUGUUCGGGAGCUACGGAGUCGCACUUUUCCCAGUGCAGAUGAAGUCUUGCUGAAGCCGUCAGGGGCCCAGCUCACAGUGGAGUUUCUUGAGGAGCAUUCAUUUAGUGUCCCAGUCAUGGUGCUGAGGCGAGACGGUCUUGGCAUGACUCUGCCCCCGGCAUCGUUCAGUGUCAGUGAUGUAGAGCACUACAUUGGUUCAGACAAAGAGAUAGACGUGAUCGACGUGUCUCGUCAGUGUGACUUAAAAAUGCGACUUGGAGACUUUGUGGAAUACUACAACAGCCCUAACAGAGAACGAGUGCUGAACGUCAUCAGCUUGGAGUUCUCGGAGACCAGGCUCUCCAACUUAGUGGAGACUCCAAAGAUUGUGAGGAAACUGUCGUGGGUGGAGAACCUUUGGCCCGAAGAGUCUGUGUUUGAGCGGCCAAAUGUGCAGAAAUACUGCCUCAUGGGAGUGAAGGAUAGUUACACAGACUUUCAUGUUGACUUUGGAGGAACCUCUGUUUGGUAUCACGUUUUACGGGGUGAGAAAAUAUUCUACCUGAUAUCCCCGACACCAGCCAACCUAGCUCUUUUUGAGCGCUGGAGUUCUUCAUCCAGUCAGAAUGAGAUGUUCUUUGGUGACCAGGUUGACAUGUGUUACAAGUGCUCUGUUAAACAAGGAAACACCUUGUUCAUUCCAACCGGAUGGAUUCAUGCUGUGCUUACUCCAGUGGACUGUCUCGCUUUUGGAGGGAACUUUUUGCACAGUCUUAAUAUUGACAUGCAACUUCGGGCUUAUGAAAUCGAGAAGCGAUUGAGCACCGCAGACCUGUUUAAGUUUCCCAACUUUGAGACUGUGUGCUGGUAUGUUGGGAAACACCUUCUUGAUACCUUCAGAGGUUUAAGAGAAAACCGCAGACACCCAGCCACUUAUCUGGUUCACGGUGCGAAGGCACUGAAUAAUGCCUUCCGAACAUGGACACGUAAAGAGGCUUUGACCGAUCAUGAAGUGGAAAUUCCGGAAACCAUAAAUACUCAGAUGCUGGUGAAGGAUCUUGCUAAGGAAAUUCGCCUGGUUGAAGACAUUUUCCAGCAAAACAUUGGCCGCACUGGACCCCAGUUUCCGGGUUCGCCCCUUUCAAAAGCUCCCUUGACCGCCUCUCAGAAUUCAGGCCGCCCCCCCGGAAAGAAAAAAAUCCUCAAACCCAAAGAAAUAAUAGGAGGUAUUGGGCUCCCUGGACCCAAGAAGAAGAAUCAGAAGACUCUUCUUAAGACAGAGGCAGGAGAGUUAGACCUGCUUGAGAUCCACACCAAACAUACGCUCAAAAAAAUCCAACCUGGCAAGUCGAGAAGCAAGAACAAGUCGGAGCUGCCAUUAGAAGACUUUGAAGCAAAGUUAAAUAAAAGCAAACUGAAACUUGUGCUGACAAAUGGCAAAAUUCAAGGCAAAAAAGAGGGCAGUAAUGGUGCAGGAGGUGCUACGAAGUUCCAUCAUCUGGACAUGGAGGGAUCCAGUCUCUCUGACAUGGAAUCAGAGGAUGAACUCCAAAUUGAUGAGACCCCUCCACCACGGCGAAAGCUUGCUGGAUCAAGCAAAAAAAAGAAACUCAGUGGUCUUCCUAGGAAGCUGCCUAGAGCCAAACCUUGCUCGGAUCCAAAUCGUAUCCGCGAGCCAGGAGAGGUAGACUUUGACAUAGAGGAGGAUUACACCACUGAUGAAGAGGCACUGGCUGCUCAUGGUGUGAAGGGGGGUGCUGGGGGAAUUCUAGACUUACUAAAGGCCAGCAAGCAGGUGGCAGGCUUGGAUUCUUCUGCACUCAGUGAGGAGGCCCCAGCAUCUCCCAGUACUCGUGAUGCCAUCCAGGGCAUGCUCUCCAUGGCAAACCCACCUUCCUCUUCUUCAUCAUCCUCCUCCUCCUCCUCCUCCUCACCCAUGUCCAUCUCUGGAGGCCUGACUGAGGGGUUGGGGAUAGUGAAGGAGAAAGGUGGCAGGGCUGUGUGGGUGACAGGGGUGGUCAAAAAGACCAGUGAGAAAAAGAAUGUCAUCCAGCGACCUGGAAAACGGGCUAUUAAGCGGCCAGCAAGGCACCUGAGCGACGACGAUAGUCCAGAUGAACAGGAAACUCUGGGAACCUGUUUUAAAGAUUCAGACUAUGUUUACCCAUCAUUGGAGUCUGAUGAAGAAGACCAUGCUAACAAGGCAAAGAUGAAGCGGAAGAAAAACUGGGAUGACACACCUUGGAGCCCUAAAGCUAGGGUGAUGCCAACCCUUCCAAAACAGGAUCGACCAGCCAGAGAAGGGGCUAGAGUGGCUUCUGUAGAAACAGGCCUGGCAGCAGCUGCAGCCAAGCUAGCCCAGCAGGAGCAGCAUAAGCCUGCCAAAAGGAAAUACACCAAAAAGGUGCGUCCUCCUGUUCCUGUUGCAAGCCCUCCCCAUGUUCAGCCAGAGCCAGCUCCACCCUCCCCACCACAUGUUCCAGAGUCUGCACCAGACAUCAGCCCAGACAGGAGGAUGGAUUACUAUUCCGCCAGCCUACUUGACCAUGAAUACACAGCAGGACCGGGACCUUUUGGCCCUGGUGGCCCUAGAGGCGGCGGAGCUAUGGCCCCUGGGGUAUUCCUCACUUCACGGCGACCUUCCUUGUCUCCGCAAAACAGCAGCUCGCACUCUGGCACGUCGCCUUCAGGGCUCGCCAGUCAAGGCAUAUCAGGAGUCGGUCAAGGGAGACGUCCAAAGAAAGGACUUGCAACAGCAAAACAGCGACUCGGAAAAAUUUUGAAAAUUCACCGCAAUGGCAAACUUCUGUUGUGAGGAAAACUGCACACUUGGCGGAAGACCUAAAUAGGAAAAAAUGUUUUGUGAAAAUAGUAUUGAAGGAAGUAGUGAUAGUACUCUAUAUUUUAUACUCAAAAAGUUGUUUACUCAUGUCUCCACUUGUUAGUUUGACCAUCUUUUUCCCUGCAACUCCACUCCUUAUUUGUCUUCACAUAAAGGUUUCAGCAGAACUUAUCUGCUUAUCCGCUUACAGUGAACAAUGAUCACAAUGAAAAUAAUGGACUUAACCCCUUUAAGUAACUGUUUAUGUGUAAACAAUGGUUAUUUUGCUAUCAGAGAAAAAGUUUUCCCAAAUUUCCUAAUUUUAAAAGGGACAUAAAACAAUUUUCUUUGUCAGACAGAAUUAUGAUAGUUGAGUUUGAUUGUUAUUAGGUUUUUUUAACGUAAUUUUUAGCUUAAACCAUUUUUCUUUUAAUAUAUUUUUUUAAUAACAGUCUACACACAGGUUUGCAAAGAGUUCACUUUACAUUGUACACACUUAAUGUGUGUGAAUCACUGAUAUUUGUUUCGUCGAGAUUGUUCGACAAAUUAAACAUGUAAACAAUCAACAUUGUACAAUUAUAUUUAUUGUAGUUUUAUUUAUUUUUAAAAGGCAACGUUUUGUCAUCUUGUAGCCUAUUUUGUUCUAACCACCUGAUUGUCUGGGUCCCAACUGAACAUUUCACCCACAUUGCAACUACCACAGUUAUGAAAAUUAUUUUGUUGAAAAUCUUUUCAUAUUAGUUAAAUGUGUUUCAUUUGUAAAUAUGUAAUAUUUUAAGUUAUAUAGCUAGACUUGAUGAGCAAAAAAGAUCGACUUACAGUGGAUAUAUAAAGAUUUUGUUAAAUUCACAAAUUUAACUUUCAUGUAAAACUUGAAAAGACCUGUAUAAUAAUUAGUUGAAAACUUGAGUCAAAAUUUUGUAAAAACACCUACCGGUAUGUGUUUGUAUUCAAACUAAUAUUAAGACCUUAUUUGCAUUGGAAAUUUUCAAUUGUACUCUGCUUGGGAUGGGCCUUAACAAAAUGUGUUGUUCGUUUUUGCCAGAAUUUUAAUAUAGCGUUUAGAAUUAUGUCCAAAAAAUUAGUCGAAGCAGACCAUAUCACAUUUUGAUGUAUGCCCCUUGAUGCCUUUACACUAUUUGGUGAUUGAAGGUAAAAAAUAUAUUUUGCUUAAAACUAAGUUGUACAGGUCUUUUAUCAUGUUUUAAAUUAAAGUUUGAUUUUCUUAAUUUAUUUUUCAUGAUUUUUUAUGUCUUUGUAUGUUUUUCUUGGUAUAUCUACUGUCAUUCUUGCUAAGCUUUAGCAUUCAUUCCAUAGAAUGUACAAGGAACAGAAUGUUGGCAGACAUGUUGAUGUCUUAACGUGUGAAAAAAAAAAAAAAAAGUCCAAAUGUAAAUAUAUGUUGUAUUUUUUUAUGGUAUCCAAAAUGUUGAAACCUUUCUUAUCAUUUUACAUGAUACAUUGCUGUAUUUGUAAAAAUUUAAAUACUGUAGUCCUUUUUUAUAUUUGUAUGUAGUUUAGUCACAUCGUCUUGGCUGUAUGGCAUUUAAAGUAUACUAGUUUCAGGCUAAUUUUGUUUUUAAUUAAUCAUAUUCACUUUAGUUUUUUGUGUACCAUUAUCAAGGUGUUUUAAGUUCGGCCUGGAAAGAAAAUAUAACUUUUUUCCAAAAUACUUUGUGAUUGAUUUUGCAUGGUCAGUGUGUUUGAGAACAUGGGGACAAGUUGAACUUUG